AUGUUCAAAUUCCAUGUACUGUCCAAAGUAAACACAUUACAACGAUUGUUAUAUUUAGUUGGAUUAUAUCUUGUAGUAAUUGUUCAGUUGGUGAGAUCUCAGUCUGAUCUAGAUCGAUGUGCAAUAGUUUGUGCUCCAGAAAAAUGUCAAUGUGUCGGUCCACAGGGAAUACAGGGGCAACCUGGUCCGAUAGGUGUACGAGGUUCGGAAGGGCCUCCAGGUGAUGUAGGUCUUAUUGGACUUCGUGGAUCACCAGGUGAGAAAGGUGAACAAGGAAUUCCCGGUGUAUUGGGUCCAAGAGGUGAAAAGGGUUUACCUGGCCAACCGGGUCAUCCCGGUAACGAUGGUGAUCCAGGUCAUCCUGGUAUGGGAGGAGAGAAAGGGGAAAAAGGAGAUAGUGGAUGUGAUGGUGAAUCGGGAGAUAAUGGUGAACAAGGUGAACCUGGUGCCCCAGGGAUGAUAGGCACACCUGGUGAACCAGGAACUAAAGGUCCUAAAGGAUACACUGGAGGCUCAAGACAAGGAUUAAUGGGUGAGAAGGGAGAUCCAGGUGAAAUUGGUCAACCUGGAGAAGAUGGUUUGCCAGGACUUAAUGGGGAAGAUGGACUUCCUGGUCCACGUGGACCUCAAGGAGAAUCUGGAGCUGUAGGUUUGAUGGGAGACAUCGGUCCUAAAGGUGAAAGUGGAGUAUACAAUUAUACGAAUAUAAUUCCUGGAGAUCGUGGUGAACCAGGUCCUCGAGGACAAGAUGGUCAACCAUGUGAAGAUAUGGACCGUGAAUAUACGGAAGAAGAACUUAUCAGUUUUACAAGAGGUCAAGCUGGAGACAUAGGUCCACCAGGACCUAAAGGUGACAGUGGAGAGCCAGGGGAUACGGGUGAUUUGGGUUUACAAGGUAAAGAAGGAUCAAUUGGUGAAAAAGGUGAACCUGGUGAACCCGGACUAGAUGGUGAUCCUGGAGAAGAUGGUGAUGUGGGACCGAUUGGACAACCAGGCAAUUUAGGUUCUGAUGGUCCACCUGGACCAGAAGGUACGAUUGGUGAAAAGGGUGAUCGAGGUCCACAUGGUCGUGAUGGUUUACAAGGUGAUCCAGGCCAAGCUGGAAUCCCUGGGAAAGCUACUUGUCCAAUCGAAUUUUUUCCAAAAGGUGAAAAAGGUCUGCCAGGUCAUCCUGGUGAUAAGGGAACUCAAGGAGAACCUGGCUUACCAGGUGAUCAGGGAGAAAAAGGUGUCCCAGGUGAUGAAGGUCCAAAAGGGGUAAGAGGAAGCCAAGGUAAAAUUUGUGAACCUGGUCCACAAGGUCCUGUAGGUGUUAAGGGUUGGUAUGGAAAAAAUGGAGCACAAGGAGAACCUGGAAUUGAUGGAGAUCCAGGACAACCAGGCCAAAGAGGGUUACCUGGAGAUGAUGGUUUUGGUCAUUUAGGUGAAAUUGGUGAGGUCGGUGUGGAAGGUUUACGUGGUAUUAAAGGUGAGUCUGGUGAAGAAGGUGAGCCUGGCGAAAAAGGAUUUGGUGGAGAUAGUAAUAUCGGUCCAGUUGGUCCACGUGGUGAACCUGGUGAUGAUGGAAGUGAUGGAGAACCUGGAAAACACGGGGAACCUGGACCUCCAGGUCCAAAAGGUGAACCUUUAACUGUUUGCCCUUUGUGUAAAGAUGGUGAUGCUGGUCCACGUGGAGAAAUAGGGGAUCCAGGUGAAAAUGGUGAAAAGGGAAGUGAUGGUAUGCCAGGUGAUAGAGGUGAUACAGGUCGACUAGGUGAAGAUGGUUUAAUCGGUCUACCGGGAACCAAAGGUGAAAAAGGUCGUAUUGGUGAAGAUGGUUUUAAUGGUGAUCCCGGUGAACCUGGAGAAUCUGCUAUUGUAUCUCGGGUUGUAGAAAAUGUUAUCCCAGGCGAUGAAGGUGAUGAAGGUCAUGAAGGUAGUAUUGGUGAUAUUGGCGAUAGAGGCGAUGAAGGAGAACCUGGUCCUGUUGGUGAUGAGGGUCUUAAAGGACAACAAGGUACAGAUGGUGAACAAGGACCUAUUGGUGAAGUUGGUGAUGAUGGUGACGAUGGUGAAACAGGUGAAAAUGGUAUCGAUGUCAAAGGUAUGGUUGGUGAACUGGGUGAAAGGGGUGAUGAGGGUUCAGUCGGUGAGAAAGGUGAAAAAGGAAUAGCUGGAAUGAUGACCAACUGUACAAUUGAUUGGAGACAAUUGGUAGCAAAAAAUGAAUCUGAAUUGAUUGGCGAUCGUGGGGAGAAAGGAGAUGAUGGUGAGGUUGGUGAAAAAGGUUCCCGAGGCAUUGAUGGACGAAAAGGUGAAAUAGGUCAAACGGCAGCACCAUCUGAACGAGGUGAAACUGGUUUUCCAGGUCCUGAUGGGGAAAAAGGAGAUCCGGGUCCACCAGGUAUUGAAGGUCCUCAAGGACUUCAAGGAGAUCCGGGUCAAGUGAUUGAUGGGAUCGAAGGAGAUAUCGGUGAGCAAGGUCCUGAAGGCCCAAAAGGAUUUAAGGGGGAAGAAGGCGAUGUAGGUGAUAGUGGUGAUUCACCAGAACGUACUAAAGGUGAACCUGGACCUGCCGGUGAACCUGGAACUGAAGGUGACGAAGGAGAACCAGGUAUUCCUGGACAAAAAGGAGAGCCUGGGGCUGAAGCCGGUCAACAAGGAGAAACUGGUAGCCCUGGAGAAAAGGGAGAUUCUGGACCUAAAGGUCUACCUGGCCCUAAAGGAGAACCCAGUUCAGAUAUGGAGUCGGGCGAUCAAGGUCCUAAGGGCGAACCUGGUUUAAUGGGAUCAGAAGGAGAAAAGGGUGGUGUUGGUGACGUUGCUGAAUGCAAUGAAGCCGGUUUACUCGGAGAUCCUGGGCCUGAUGGAGCAAUGGGAACAAUUGGCAAUCCGGGUGAUGAUGGAGAACAAGGAGAAGAUGGUGAUGUUGGACCGGAAGGAGAACAGGGUCCUGAUGGAGAACGUGGUGAGAUUGGCGAUACGGGAAUAGAAGGUAUUCGAGGAAUUACUGGAGAAAAAGGUGAACCAGGUAGUAUGGGUGAUGUGGGUGAAAAGGGUUCUCCUGGUCCAGAGGGUGAAACUGGAGAUAUUGGUGCACAAGGCCCACAGGGUGCGGAUGGUUCUCAGGGUCCAACUGGUGAUCCUGGGUCCACUGGGGAGUUUGUGGAAGGUGAACGAGGAGAUAUUGGACCAGAUGGAACUCAAGGAGAACAAGGUGAGAAGGGUGAACCUGGUACACCUGGAGAAGUUGGUGAACCAGGUCCUACCGCUGAAACUCUACCCGGUAUCAAAGGGGAACCUGGACAACCUGGUGAAGAUGGUCAGUUAGGUGAACCUGGGCUAGAUGGUAACGAUGGAGAACCUGGUUUAAAAGGUGAUGAAGGUUUAAUGGGGGAGCCUGGAUCAAAGGGUUCACGUGGUCCACGCGGUAAAGUUGGGAAUGUUGGUGCAGAGGGUAGUAGAGGAGCCAAAGGAAACGUUGGUUCUGAGGGUGAUCUGGGUCCAGACGGUGAAAAAGGGGACAGGGGAGAAGCAGGUGAUGUUGGUUCUCCUGGUAAUACGACUGCUGGACUCAAAGGCAGGGAGGGACUGGAAGGACCUCAAGGAGUAGAAGGUCAAGUUGGUGACUCAGGGGAACAGGGAGAAUCAGGUAUACCCGGUGAAGAAGGUGAUCAAGGUGAUGAAGGACCAACUGGUGAGACUGGGGAAAUCGGAACACCUGGUUUAGAAGGUGAUAUAGGACCUGAAGGAAACGAAGGUCCAAUCGGAGAGCAAGGUUCGGAAGGAGAUGUUGGCAUGAUAGGAGUAUAUGGACCAGAGGGAGAAAAAGGUGAACCAGGUCUUAGAGGUGAUUCAGGUGAAGCCGCCAAAAACUGUUCCAUCGGACCGAAAGGUGAACAAGGUCGACUAGGUCCACCGGGGUUACCUGGACCACAGGGACCACCUGGUGAUCAAGGACUACCUGGGUUACGUGGUAAAGAUGGUCCACCAGGGGUUGGAGUAAUUGGAGCACCAGGAGAACUUGGUGAUACUGGACACAUCGGUUUACCUGGAGAAGCAGGAGAACCAGGUGAUCAAGGUCCUGAAGGCCCUUCAGGUUUGGCCGCUCUUACUGGUGAGCCAGGAAUGAAAGGAGAACGAGGAAUACCAGGAGAUAUUGGGGACCCGGGAGUAGGAGGUGUACAAGGUCUUCCUGGGUACGAUGGAGAAAAAGGUAUACAGGGAUCACAAGGUUCGUCGGGAGUAGAUGGAAUUGAUGGUAUUGCGGGACCAAAAGGGUUUUCUGGAGAUCAAGGUCCUUCCGGAAAUCGUGGACAAAUUGGUGAUCAAGGUGAAAUGGGCGAAACUGGUAUCCAGGGUCCAAAGGGAGCUCAAGGAGUUGCAACAAGAGGGGAGCUUGGUGAAAUAGGUGAUCCCGGGGAAAAUGGAGCUCUUGGAGAACAAGGAGACCCGGGUCCUGAUGGUGAAGUGGGAGAUGAUGGGGAUACUGGUGAAAAAGGAGAGAAAGGUCAACCUGGACUAUUAGAAGGUGAGAGAGGUGAAGUAGGUGAUGUAGGGGAGCGUGGGGAUAUUGGGGAAGUUGGACCUCCUGGUCCUCUCGGUGAUGUUGGCCCCAAAGGUAAAAAUGGUGAGAAAGGACAACCAGGUCAAACAAAUUACUCAUCUAUACUAUUUGCUCGUCAUUAUCAGACACCGUUUGUCGAUGACCUUACAUGUCCAACUGGAACUAAUAAACUGUUCACUGGUUACAGCUACGUUAUGGGAGGAGGUGUGGAUGAUUUAGUCAGCAUGGAUUUAGGUACACCAAGUUCAUGUUUGUCGAAGUUCAGUUCAUUACCAAUGACUCAAUGUGAAAGAGAUACAACCUGUCAAUCAAGUAUGAGACAUGAACGAUCCUACUGGUUGGCCACAUUAGUACCUCGAUCUGAACAACCGAUCCCAGUAGAUCAAACGGCUGAUCAAAUUGCUAGAUGUGUAGUCUGUGAAGCUCCUGCACAUGUGUUUGCUUUCCACAGUCAAGGUGAAACACUACAACCAUGUCCGAAUACUUGGACUGAAUUGUGGACAGGUGUUAGUUUGAUACUUCAUACUUCUGGUGCUCAUGGUGGAGGUCAACAAUUAUCUUCACCUGGAAGCUGUAUGGAACAUUUUCGUUAUUCACCAGUUAUUGAAUGUAAUAAUAAUGUAGGAAUGUGCCAUUAUUGGUCAGAUGCAAAAGUUUAUUAUUUAAGAGCUCUUAAUCCAAACAUUACACAAUUUGAAAAACCAUUUUCAAGAUUAUUGGAUAUAGCAUUCAAAUUAAAUGUCAAGAAAUUUACCGCUUUAAAAGAUGGAAUUUUCUCUGAAUUAAACUAUCGCUCAAGAAUAUUACUAUUGAUAACCGAAUCCAGACCAAUGCAUAUGCUAUUGCUGUCACGACAGAAACAGGCAAACAAUAUUGAUCUUCAGUAUAUCAGAGCAAAACUUUUGACAUUUAUAUUUCUGGUUACGUUCAUUACUUUCAGUGGAAUUCCUUUUGCGCAAUCGCAAUUUCGCCGAGAUAUCGAUUGUUCUAUAAGAUGUGAUUACAAUUUUUGCAGAUGUUUCGGACCACAAGGACCACAGGGUGAUCCGGGUCCUCGAGGCCCACCUGGAUCUAUCGGUCCUAAAGGUUAUCCAGGUGAACAAGGACCACCGGGACUAAGGGGUAUGAAAGGUGAUCCUGGACGAGAUGGAGCUGAUGGUCCUGUUGGAGAAAGAGGUCCAUCAGGGGAUUUCGGCCCACCAGGAAUGCAUGGUGAACAUGGUGAGAGUGGAGAAACAGGUGAAAAAGGUGCCAAAGGUAUUGCUGGUUGCCCUGGAGGAAAAGGUGAUCCAGGUGAAAAAGGUGAACCUGGAAGACAGGGUAUGGAUGGUGACCGAGGACUGCCUGGCAUCGAUGGUGAACGUGGUGAUCCUGGUGAAUCUGGAUUCGGGAGACGAGGGCUACCAGGUCCGAAAGGAGAACCUGGUAAUGUUGGUCCAAAAGGUGAUGAUGGAAUUCAAGGUGAACGUGGUGACCCUGGAUUGCCUGGAUUAGAAGGAGACAGAGGUGAGGAUGGCGACUUCGGUGUACCUGGUGAAGCUGGUGAACCCGGAGAAAGUAUCAUUGACACUUAUACACCAGUAAAAGGUGCCCCAGGCGCACCUGGGGAUCCUGGAGAUCCAGGCAGAAAUUGUUCAGUUACCACGUUGGAACAAGGUCGUAAAGCUUUAAUUGGACCUGCUGGCGAUCGAGGUGAUACUGGUCCUAAAGGCUAUCCAGGUUCCAAAGGAGCGAAAGGAAUAAGAGGCAUAGAUGGAACUAUUGGUUCGCCGGGAGCAAAAGGACUUCCAGGUCCCGAUGGGCCGCUGGGUCCUAAAGGCAUUAAAGGAAGUGCAGGACAACCGGGUGUUAAAGGUGGUCAAGGACGUGAUGGUUUAAUUGGUGAUCGUGGUCCUCCAGGUCCUAAAGGUUUACCUGGAGAUCCAGGGGCAGAUGGGCUACGUGGAUUUGUUGGGGAUCCUGGUGAACCUGGGGGUACCACAGAAUGCACAGGUAUUUUACCUGGGAGACCUGGACAACGUGGUAUACCUGGAGAACCUGGAGAGAAAGGAUUUCCUGGAAUUCCUGGAUCCAUAGGAGACAGGGGACUGAAAGGCUUGGUUGGUCCGCAAGGACCGGUUGGUGACCCUGGAUUUGACUGUCCCAUUGGACCACCUGGUCCACCAGGUCCAAAAGGAUCACCUGGUGAUGAUGGACGAACUGGUUUACCUGGAUUACCUGGGAGUCCGGGUGAUGAUGGACUACCAGGCGAUAAAGGAGAACCGGGUAUUGGCCACAGAGGUGCAUCGGGUGAUCCUGGAGAUAGAGGCUAUGAUGGGCCUCAAGGUCCGAAAGGUCCAAAGGGUUUAAAAGGUGAACGUGGAUUGCCAGGUACUAAAGGAUCUGGUCGUCCUGGUCCACCAGGUGAAAAAGGUGAACGUGGACUAGAUGGUUUAGCUGGCAAACAUGGAAAACAAGGUCCAAUGGGGCCUCAAGGUGAACCUGGAGAACGAUGUAGUGCGUGUAGACCUGGUGUACCUGGGGCAAAGGGUGAAAAAGGUGAUAUUGGUCCAGCUGGUCUUCCAGGUCCACGAGGUCGAGAUGGUGCCAAAGGAGAACGAGGAAGUCGCGGUGCUCCCGGGAAUCAAGGUCGUACGGGUUCACAGGGUUAUGAAGGUGAUCAAGGUGAACAUGGUCUCCCUGGACCAAAAGGUUUCAAAGGUGAACCAGGUGAAACAAGAACAGAAUACACUGGAAUUUUGAAAGGCCCUAAAGGCUAUCCCGGUGUGGAUGGAGUCAAAGGUGACAAAGGGAUCAAGGGUAUUAUGGGCUCUCCAGGAGAAAAAGGAGAACGUGGAUUAGAAGGACCACAGGGUGACCCUGGUUUGCGAGGUUCACCUGGACAGAAAGGUCCUAAAGGUAUAUUGGGCGAAAAAGGUUACAAAGGUGCGACAGCUGAUGUUAGAUUUGGUGAUAAAGGUGAAAAAGGUCAACCUGGACGUCCUGGAUUGAAAGGUGAAUUAGGCGAUUCUGGAGAACCUGGAAAUUGUACUGUGAAUGUUAUACAAAGUCGUAAUCUAACUGUUGAAAAAGGUGAUCGUGGACCCAAAGGUGAACCUGGACCAAGAGGAGAUAAAGGAAAACCAGGUGAUGAAGGUCCACCUGGUCAACCUGGAGAUAGUGGGAUUAGAGGUAUAAAAGGACUCCCAGGAAUACCUGGACCUGCUGGAAUAAAGGGAACUGUAGGUGAAACAGGUGAUCCUGGUGAACAGGGUAGCCCAGGAGAACCAGGGUCCGCUGGAGUUACUGGAGUGAAAGGAGAUGUAGGUGAUAUUGGCCCUAUAGGAGAUCGUGGUUACCCAGGUCCAAAAGGAGAAAAAGGAUUGCCUGGUCAACCUGGAACUGGAAUCCCCGGAGAACGUGGUGAACCUGGGCGGCCAGGUAUACCAGGUCCUAGAGGUUCACAAGGAGACCCUGGUAUGAUUGGUGAUCCAGGAGAUCCAGGAUUACAUGGAAGACCUGGAUUAGCAGGAGAACGUGGAGAUAUUGGUCUACCGGGACUUCAAGGUGAUCCUGGUCCAAGUGGUGGAGCUGGUAUUAAGGGAAUUAUGGGUGAUCCAGGAGAUAGUGGAGAACCAGGUUUGCCUGGACGUCCUGGUAUACCUGGAGAUAAAGGCAGAUGUCUCGGAGCAGCGGACAAAGGAGAACCUGGACUUCCUGGUCCAGAAGGUCCAGAAGGACAAAAAGGCGAACCUGGACUAAGAGGUGCGAAAGGAGAGCGAGGACCAUCAGGUCCAAUUGGACGAACAGGUGAAAAAGGUUUGAGGGGCGAACCAGGCUUACCUGGACCAGAUGGUCCUUCAGGCGAUCCAGGUCCUCCUGGCCGUCCCGGAACUACUGGUCCUAAAGGCUUUGAAGGAUCACCUGGGCCAAAAGGAUUCGAAGGACCACCAGGUAGUCCUGGUGAUGAAGGUCAACCGGGUCCAAAAGGUGAAUCUGGUCUUCCUGGUACAGACUCAUUUGGUGCGAAAGGUGAUACAGGAGAACAGGGUCCUCAGGGUGAUGUUGGAGAAAAAGGUUCCACUGGAAAACCUGGUUUACGUGGGCCUCCAGGUGAUGCAGGAACCAAUGGCCAAGCAGUAGUUGGAGAUGUUGGUGAUACCGGAGAUAUCGGCGAGAAAGGUCUACCAGGGGUGCCUGGAGAUCCUGGAUUACCUGGACCUAAAGGUUCCCCUGGAGUACCAGGUUUAAUUGGGCCAAAGGGCAUAGUGGGAGAUCCAGGCGUGCCUGGUUUGCAAGGUCGUCCGGGAAAACCCGGUCAGGAAGGCCAACCUGGCCUGCCAGGUCCUAAAGGUUUUCCAGGGGGGAAGGGUCAAAAAGGUAUCAAAGGGGAACGUGGUGAACCGGGAGAAACAAUAGUUGGCCGUGAUGGGGAACCUGGUGAUAUGGGAGAGCGAGGUAUUCCUGGACUUCCAGGACCUAAAGGAGACAGAGGAUUCCCAGGUGAUGCUGGACCAAAAGGCUUACGAGGUUUGCCAGGCCGAGUGGGUGACAAAGGUCAGAUGGGAGUAUCUGGAGAUAAGGGUGAACCAGGUAUCACUGGAGACGAUGGAUAUCCAGGUAGAAAGGGAGAUAAAGGUGAAUCCGGUGAUAUUGGACCUAUAGGUGAUCCUGGACCAAGAGGACAACCCGGACCUAAGGGUUUUCCUGGUGCUCCUGGUCAGUGUUUACCAGCUGAGGAAAGUCCUAUUGGAGAUCCUGGUCCACAAGGUCCUAGAGGGCCACCGGGUGAAAAAGGUUUAACAGGGCUACCAGGUAAAGUGGGUAAAACAGGUGAUCCUGGUCCACCUGGAAGAGGUAUUCCUGGUUCCAAAGGUCAACGAGGUGAUCCUGGACUUCGUGGCCUUACUGGUCCAAAAGGUGAACAAGGUGAGGCAGGAGAUCCAGGUGAUAUGGCCCUACCUGGGGCUAAGGGUCAAAGAGGUUAUCCUGGAAUUAAAGGUGAAAAAGGUGAACUGGGGAUGCCAGGAGAUAUUGGCCCAAGAGGUCCUAUUGGAGAUCCAGGUCCUCCAGGGGAUGUUGGAUUACCAGGUGACGAUGGAAGACCAGGGUUAUUGGGCCCUAGAGGUGAUAAAGGAGAUACUGGCUGGCCAGGAACAGUUGGAAUGAAAGGUGAAAUCGGAGACGUUGGUGAUCCUGGACCAAUAGGUGCACCUGGAAUGCCUGGAGAAGAUGCUAUUGGUCUUCCUGGAGUCAAAGGAGACAAAGGUGAACCAGGAGCACCUGGGCAAAAAGGAAUGAUUGGGGAGCCAGCACCACGGGGAUUAAAAGGAGCUAAAGGAGAAAUGGGAUUGCCCGGUCCCACUGGUAGAGAACCUGGAGAACCAGGGCCGAAAGGAGAUCCAGGGUUAAAAGGUACUCCUGGUGAUAUUGGUCCAAGAGGUAUGCCUGGGGAUGUUGGACCCCCUGGACCUGAAGGAUUCAGUGGUCCUCCUGGUCAAGCACUACAGAGCACCUACUUGUUCACAAGGCAUUUCCAAAAUCCUGACACUGAACCUGUAUGUCCUCCAGGUUCACAAAAAAUAUCAGACGGAUAUAGUUUUGUAAUGGCUAAUGGAAAUGGUGAAUUAGUAACCAUGGAUUUAGGUUCUCAUAGUUCAUGUUUAAGUAUGUUCAGCAUAAUGCCAUUUUUCCAAUGCCUUCGCGAUGGAUCUUGUCAACUUGGUGUUCGAGCUGAUCGUUCUUACUGGUUAGCUACCACAGAACCUCUUCCAAUGAUGCCACUAGAUGUAAGCGAAGUUACUCGAAGAGUUGCUCGUUGUGUUGUCUGUGAAGCACCAACACAACCUUAUGCUUUUCAUGCACAAGCAAAUCAACUUCAAGAAGUUAACUGUCCAGAAGGCUGGGCAAGACUUUGGGAUGGAUAUAGCUUUGUAAUGCAUAGUGUUGGAAGUACUGGUGGUGGUCAACAACUUUCAUCACCCGGCAGCUGCCUUGAAUAUUUCAGUUAUUCUCCAUUACUAGAAUGCAACAAUGGUAUGAGUUUGUGCAAUUAUUGGUCAGAUGCAAAAGCUUAUUAUCUACGUCAUGUCAGUAAUAAUACAGAAUUUCAAAAACCAGUCGGUCAAUAUAUUACAGAUCAUUUACCAGAUGAAACUAAAGUACUACGUGAAAUAAGUCGAUGUCGUGUUUGUACUAAAUCUCGGUUCCAAUCAUAUUUUGUUUAGUUCAAAGGAAGAUACAAAGAGUAAGAAGAAUAAAAUGAAAAUAUUAGACAAUUAUGCAAUUUUUAUGGAAUAAAAAUGAUUAUUACAAUUUACUAUGCAUUAAUUCAGGAUGUUAUAUAAGAAUAUAUAUAUGUAUGUCGCUUGAUAAAUAUUUGCCUCUAUUGUUUUUAUCAACUUAUUCUAGAUGCUUAUUUCGAUUUAACUCUUUUUCUGGAAAAUAAAAAUAUUUUCCUUUCAACAAUAUUACUUUUUCUUUUGCUUACUUUUAUGUUGUUUCUGAACUCUUUCCCCCCCCCCAUGCAAGUGAUAUAUACGUGUAUUUUAUUGCAAGUGUAUUUGUGUUUUAUUAUGAAUCUGAUUAUUACUAUUAUUAUUAUUAUCAAUAUUAUUAUAAUUAUAUAAAAUAGAGAAUCUUAAAGCUUCAUAAAAAAAUUUUGUUUUCAUAAUAUCUCUUAUAUUGAUUAUCUCAUUUACCAAAUGAAUCAGAUAGAAAUUUCUGUUGAUGAAUGUUUAUUGUGAUUGUUCUUUUUAAUUUGAUCUUUACAAACCUAUUGGGUGUUAUAUUUUGUUUUACGUGAUUAUAUAAAAAUGUACGGAUUUGAUUUUUUAGGGAUUUUUUUCUUUUAAGAUUAUCCAAUGAGUGCAUUUUUUCAAAAGUAUUUGUCUCCCAUUUUUUUCCAUCUUUACCGAUUGUAAUCACAAAAUAUUAUCUAAUGUUAAAUAUUAAAUAAUGAAACUCAUAUCAAUCAAAAAUAACUUUUGGAUUAACUAAAAGAAUAUUGUUUUAUGAUUAAAAUUUUAAUCGACUAAUAGAAGUUAAAGUUCAUUAUUUAUGCACGACACACUUUUAUUCAUUGAACAAGUUGUAAAACAACUUAUUCUCAGAUUAUCCUUAACUUGUUUAUUUGUCAAUAUGAAAAGUCCUCAAAUCAUAUUGGUUUAUACCACAAAUUCUUAAUUAUUGAUUCUAAGUGGUCAAAUAUAGGACAUUACUACA